AUGAUUGAGAACUACAGUGAAUAUUAAUUGAAUAUAUAUUAUUUAUUAUUUUGUAUGAAUCAAUACGAAAGAGUAUUAAAAGAUUCUUGGGUAAUGAUAAUGAUUACACUUUUAAUAAUGUUUUAAAGUAUAUUUGGAAAUGGAUCCUUAAUUAUAACAAUUACUAUAGUAGGUAUUUAGAUAUUGAGAAUAAUAUUGGGUUUCAUUUCUUAAACUGAGAAGUACUUAAUUCAUUUUGAAAUACUGUAACAAUGGACAUUACUAGUUGCUUUAUAUUUAAGCUCAAAAUUCAAUGCAAUGACAAUAUUGUCAUUAUGCAGUUUAAAAGAGUUCUUUUUUAUUAAAAUAAAUGGUUACUUGCCUUCCCUGAAUAAAAUACAAAUAACUCAUUAAAUAGUAUCUGAUAUCAUUUUAUUUACAAUGAUCUUAUUGGAAGAUUAUAAUUCAUUUUACUUAUCAAUUACAGCUAUUGUUGUUCAUUGGUUAAUUUUAUUUCAUAAUUCUAAAUCUAAAAUAAUUAGAAGAAAUAUAGACAGUUCUACUUAAUAAGAAAUACAUGAUAAAAUUAUGAUUGAUAGUGCAGGUAACACUUAAAAUCAUUCACGUUUAAAAUUAUAAGAGAGACCAAGUCAUCAUGAAAGUCCAAGACAUGAAAGAGAUAAUAAAAUGGAAAUCUUAAGUAUAUUUCCAUAAGGAAUAGGAUUAAUAAAAAUAACAGAUUAGAAGAUAGAAUUAGAGUAUCAUAAUGAAAAUUUAUUAAAAUUAUCAAUGGCAAAAUAAUCAGAUUAAAUUCUAUCCUCUUUAUUUUGUUUAGAACAAUAAUCUGUUUAAAUGGAUUAAGAGAAAUAACAACUUGACUAUAAGAAUUCCAUAAGUUCAUUUUCUACUUUUUAAUAAACUCCUAUCCCUUGUAAUUUAAUAAAUAAAGCAUCUCGAAAUGAUAAGAGAUCUUAAACUAAUAAAUUAUAGAGUUCUAAAAAAUUAGAAUUAUAUAGAUAAAAUUCUGUUCUAAGUAAUAUUGAAUAUAAGGGAGUUAUCUUGAAGAAAUGUGAUACUAUAGAAGAAUCAGUAAUAUAUAUGUUUAUAAUAUUAGAUUUUGGAAUAGGAACUAAAAUUAAUAUCCUCUUAAAUGAGAAAAAUAGAUUUCUAAAAUUAAAUGAAAAAUUAAAAUGAAUUAAUUUAAGAACAUGUAGUAAUUUUAGGAUAUUAAAAAGGUUCAGAUGGAAAAAAGAAUAGAACUAUUGAAGUUAAAUUGUAUAAUGCUUUAAUCAUUGAUGUUCCUUAUAUUUUAAUGCUCAUUAGAGAUAUUACUCAUAGAGAUUACAUAUAAUAAUUGCGUGAUUAUAGUAAAUAGAAAUCUAAGACUUUAUCUUUUGUAAGUCAUGAAUAUAGAACACCUUUAAAUUGUAUUAUUGAUAUGUUAGAAUAAGGAGUUGAUGAAAAUUAAAAAUAUUCAUCUUAUACUAUGAUUAUGGAAAAAGAAGUACGUAGAUCUACAAAGACUAAUAUUCCCAUUAAAAUGGCUAAAUAAAUUAAAAUUGCUUUAGAUCAUGCAAAAUAUUUAUAAAAUUUAAGUGAUGAUCUAUUAGAUUUAGCAUAAAUUAAAGUUGGUAAAUUUAAGAUUAAUAAAGCCAAAUUCAAUUUUAAUUAAUUGUUAGAAACUUGUGUAGAUUUAUUUCAAGUAAUAGCAGAAAGGAAACAGAUCAUGUUAUAUAUUAAUUAUGAAAAAAAAGCUCCUAGAUAUAUAUAUUCUGAUUCUAGUCGAUUAAAAUAAAUAAUGAUCAACUUAUUGGGAAAUGCUUUUAAAUUUACUGAUGAAGGUUCAGUAACAAUAAAAGUAUCUCAGAUUAAUUUAAGAUUGGAAGUAUCUGUUGUAGAUACUGGAAUUGGAAUGACUGAAGAAGAUUAAUUAAGAAUAUUCUAAGCAUUUGGAAAAGGUAAUAGUGAAGAACAUAAAAAAAUGAAUAAAUCAGGUGUUGGAUUAGGAUUAUUAAUUAGUAAUUAAAUUUUAUAAAAUUUAAAUUAAGACUUACAGAAUGGAUUAAAAUUCAAAUCCUAAUAUAAAAAAGGUAAUAUUGUUAAUAUAUUUAAAAAUUAGGGUCUACAUUUUAUUUUUUAAUUCAAUAUCAAGAUAUAAAUGAAAUUAAGUCAUUAAAUAGUUUGGAAGAACGAAAUUAAGAUAGUGAAGAGUCCAUUAUUAUAUAAUAAUAAUAGGAGGAGUCAAUUCAUAAAGUUUAUGUGAAUAAUUAAGCUUCAAUUUUUAAAAGAUCUACAAAAGCAAUAAUGACUACUUAGAUUAUGAUAGUGGAUGAUGUUUGUAUGAAUAUUGAUAUGUUAAAAAGAAGACUAGCAUAACUGUAAUUAUAUCAUUAUUAUAAAUAGAGGAUAAGAUCAAGUUGAUUCAGUUACUAAUGGAUAUUUGGCAAUUGAAAAAUGUCAAAAAAAAUGGCAAGCAAAUUAGGAUUACUACAAAUUGAUAUUUAUGGAUUUAGAGAUGCCAACAAUUAAUGGAAUUUAAACUACUAAAAAGAUUUUAGAAUUAUCUUAAUAGUAUGGUAUUGAUGUUAGAAUAAUCGGAUGUUCUGCAUAUGAAAGUUCUGAAUAAAAACUAGAAUGUCUCAAUGCAGGAAUGAAGGAUUACAUAACAAAACCUAUUUAAUUACAAGAUCUUAAAAGAAUUAUGUAGUUGUAUUUAUGAA